CCCUUCAUUGACAGAAACGCUACGACGACAGAAAUCAGUGAAGCUUACCGAGUCAGACAGAAGCUUGAAGAGAAGAGAGGUGAAAGGAAAGAAAAGAUAAAAAAUAUAGUCAGCUAAAGUGAAAACUGUAAAUAAGUAGCUGUCGUAAAAACAAAACUAAUCUUUUUUCUGCAUCGAUAAAAGUUUUUCUCGUUCUGCAUCGAUUGAGAACUACAGUAACCAACGCAAGUAAAAUUUGGAGCGAAGGCAAACCUUCCUUCGCAAUUUCAAUCAGCAAAAAAAAUGGCAAGUUCUUCAAGGGAUCUCCACCUGAACAAGGUAUGCUGCUAUUCACAUCCAGAUGCACCACUGAUCGAAGAUUACCGGGCGGGAGACAUGAUCUGUUCCGAUUGUGGUCUGGUCGUUGGCGAUAGAGUAAUUGAUGUAGGUUCCGAGUGGAGAACUUUUAGUAAUGAGAAGGCCGGAGUUGAUCCAUCUCGUGUCGGUGGUCCAGAGAAUCCACUUCUUAGCGGAGGUGAUCUAUCUACAAUGAUCGGUCCCGGAACUGGCCCAGCUUCUUUUGAUGCUUUCGGAACUGCCAAAUACCAAAAUCGUCGCACGAUGAGCAGUUCCGAUCGGGCUCUUAUAGCUGCCUUCAAGGAAAUCAGCACAAUGGCCGAUAGGAUUAACCUGCCAAAGACUAUCGUGGAUCGGGCGAACAAUCUCUUCAAACAGGUCCACGAUGGAAAGAAUCUGAAAGGCCGUUCCAACGACGCAAAAGCGUCAGCAUGUUUAUAUAUCGCUUGUCGUCAGGAGGGAGUCCCGCGCACAUUCAAAGAAAUCUGUGCCGUCAGUAAGAUCAGUAAGAAAGAAAUAGGUCGAUGUUUCAAACUGACCCUAAAGGCGCUGGCCACAUCGGUUGAUCUCAUUACGACUGCUGACUUCAUGUCCCGUUUCUGUGCAAAUCUGGACCUGCCGAAUACGGUGCAGCGUGCCGCUACACACAUCGCUCGGAAAGCAGUCGAAAUGGACAUUGUACCUGGACGGUCCCCAAUUUCGGUGGCCGCAGCAGCGAUCUAUAUGGCUUCGCAGGCCUCUGAUCAGAGAAAAACCCACAAGGAAAUUGGUGAUAUUGCCGGUGUAGCGGAUGUAACGAUUCGGCAGUCGUACCGUUUGAUGUAUCCUCACGCGGCUGAACUAUUCCCGGAAGACUUCAAAUUUACCACACCGAUCGAUCAGUUGCCUCAGAUGUAAAUUCGCUCCUCUUUCGCUAUUCUUUCGAUGGCUUUUGGCAAUGUAAAUUUUAUCCGUUCUAGAGUAACAUAUGACAUAGGAAAUUUGUACGCCCUUUUUGCAAUGGUGGAAAAAAACUUCUUUAAUCGGUUGUACGGAGGGAAACCGAAUAUAAUCCAAUAUAAUCCCGAAUAUUGGGAGUCAUCAGAGCAAUGAUGCAAAUUGAUUGUGAUGAACAGAACAGUUUCUGCUAAAAUUGCUUUGAAAAUGAUAAAUUUAACAAUCAUAUUUAGCUUUAAAAGUUGUUAUAUCAAUCUUUAGCUAUUUUUUUAAAAUAUUGCGUUUUGGUAAAUUAUUACCUUGCUAUCAACAAAAACGUAUAUCAAUUCUAGGUGAAAAUAAACGUCAUAUUUUUCGACCAUUCGGAAAUGGGCCAGGUUUUUAGAAAUAAUUUGUUAGAAAGUUGAUUCGAAUCUGAACCGAUCGAAUUAGAGAGCUAUUGACAUACAAAUCUUCAUUUCACAUGUUGCUCUAGGCUUGAUCAACUUUUUUUUUCCAUGAUGUUCGACCUCUAGAAUGUCAUUUAUUUCCCACCCACCUUUCUUCUAUAAACUUUGCGUUAAACUAUAUAGAGGUCAAUAUUUUCGACUGGAAAAGUUGCUUCAAACUUCAUUAGUACGAAGCAUUCCGGCAUCAUUGAACGGUGAAUUACAGUCCUCGAAGUGAGUAUAAGUAGUGUGUAACAAAAGCGAUCGCCUUCGAAGAAAUAUGUCACCUCACAUGAUCAGGGGAAGUAUGAAUAAUAAUUGUAACUUGAAGUAGGGGUAUUAUUUUUUUAGUACGUUUGAAGUAACCAACAGUGAAAUAUAAAACCUUACCGAUUUUUGAUAAAUAUAAAUUAAAUAGAGUAUCUUUCUCCGUAAGCACAUACAAAAUAAAAUAGUGACCGAGUAUGGUUAAGCUGGAAACGAUCGGUGCAUAUGAAGCAAAAGAUUCAAACAAAACUAUAUGAUAGUUGUAGAAAUUAAUAAAAGUAACAUUUGAU